AUGUCACGGAAUUUACUUCCAUUUUUAUAUCAGACCCGGACACUGCAAUUCGCUUGCAGGCGUCCGGUGUCACUUCUCGUCGCCCAAAAAGCCAGUAUUGUCACCCAGAACCGGCGCAGCAACAGACCCGACAACUCGAUUCCCUUUGAGUGGGAUAACCAAGAAGAAGCAGACAGUCACACCACCCCUGGACAAGAAGGGACCUUGACACCAACCGAGUCCGACAUCUUCAAGGGCAUCUUUGACGAAAUCGCUCAAGGCCGGUUGCCAAAUGCCAAGAAGCGACCUGAAUCAGCCGAGGGACAGACAGAGCACAUAUCGGAAAAGCCAGCCAAGGAAACUUCUGGAGAAGAAUUUUCUGAAGGCUCGCUGAUCGAUCAGGCUCGCAGCGCUCAGUCCGACCCCGACUUCUUGAAGCAAUUCCCAGCGUCGCUGAAGAAUGCGGCCCAGGCCGCCCUUGGCAAAUUCUUGCUUGCGCCUGCUCGCCCCAAGCUCCGUGACUUGACCGAACUCGACAGGGCCGAAGCUAGGCAGAUGCGGGUGGCAGCGCAAUUCGAAAAGUUCAGGGAGAAGGACAAGCUGAGAGUCGAGACUCUGAUGAAGGCUUGCAAGACGGAUGUUGAGCUGUGGAAGCUCAUGGAGGAUGAAGUCUUUUCGCUGCCUACAAAGUUGAUGCUUGAGAUCGACAAGCACAAGGAGAGAAAGGAGAGAAAGAAGGCCAAGAUGGCUGUCAGAAGAGCGGCCAAAAAGGGGAUUAUUCUCGAGGAACCACGCGUCAUGGACAUCCAUGGACCUCUGUACCCUCACUACCUCAGCACCGGCAUGAAGCUCCUCGACACGGCAUUCCUGAAGCCGUCCGCCCUAGCCUUGAAUAUCCUCCCGCAGGUCAAGGAUCUCGGCCUUUCGUCCUACGUCCUCGGCGUUUCAACUCCGCUGUAUGCCAAGCUUGCAGACAUUUACUGGAAACGAUACGGCGACGCCACAGCUGCCUUGGACGCUCUGGAUGAGAUGCAGUCGGUUGGUCUUCAUCCCAAUGAGGAGGUGGAGAAGUUGGUUGAGGAGAUUUCCAGCCAUCUGCAUAGCUGUACCUGGGGUGCUCAGGGUCCUUUUGUCAUGGCCAUGACGGACUCGCCUCCUUACGACGCUUCUCUUACUUCCCGGUUGGAUCGUUGGGAACGUAUCAUUGCCAAGUCUCGACCGCGACAACCGGAGCCGGAGCCGGAGCUGGACUGA